AUGGCUGCUCCUCCCGCCCGAGCUCGAGCUGAUUACGAUUACCUAAUCAAACUCCUUUUGAUCGGUGAUAGCGGUGUGGGUAAGAGUUGCCUUCUUCUGCGAUUUUCCGAUGGGUCCUUCACCACCAGUUUUAUUACUACCAUCGGGAUUGAUUUCAAGAUAAGAACUGUAGAGCUUGAUGGGAAAAGAAUUAAACUGCAAAUCUGGGAUACCGCUGGACAAGAGCGAUUCCGGACAAUUACCACUGCUUACUACCGUGGAGCAAUGGGUAUAUUGCUUGUGUAUGAUGUCACCGACGAGUCAUCUUUCAACAACAUUCGGAAUUGGAUCCGAAACAUCGAACAGCAUGCUUCUGACAAUGUCAACAAGAUACUGGUCGGCAACAAGGCUGACAUGGAUGAAAGCAAAAGGGCUGUUCCGACAUCGAAGGGUCAAGCACUCGCAGAUGAAUAUGGAAUCAAAUUCUUCGAGACAAGUGCCAAGACAAACAUGAACGUUGAGGAGGUUUUCUUCUCGAUCGCCAAGGACAUAAAGCAGAGACUUGCCGAUACCGACUCAAGGGCCGAGCCUCAAACCAUAAGAAUUGCACAAAAUGACCAGCCAGGUGGGGCUGCCCAAGCUGCCCAAAAAUCAGCUUGCUGUGGUUCUUAA